AUGACUCGUCUCUUCCACGCUUACGGGUCCUUCAAGUGCGCCGUUUGUCACAAACAUCCCAGCAUCGGCUGGCUUUACCGUUGCACUCAAGACACCGGCGGCUUUCUGCCUGAGUCCGACUUUACUGAGGUGCCGUGUCCUUCGAGGAGCCGCGCCGACCAACAUGUCACCACGCACUCACUCAGCAGCUCUGUCGUUAAGGCCAUUGGAGAAGGCCAUUACACUGAUGAGCAGGUCAAGAAACUCAUCCAGCAGAAAGAGGGAGUGCGCCGUCUCGUCAUGUCAGAACAGCCAUCGGCAGACAGCAGACCUCCAACAAGCUCAACUUUCUCUACAGCAUCCUCCUCAUCCUCGGACGGCGAUUGCACCUUUUCGACCAUCCCGCAAAGCACAACCUUCUCAACAACCUCAUCCACUUCGCUCGACGAAGAGAUAAAGCAGGCGUACGACUGGAAAGAGUUGCAGAAAGUCUGGAUGUCUGAGCCUUCCAUGGCACCUCCAGAGCCACGUGCGAAGUCGCUCUCAACGAUGCCGAUUCCAUCACCGCCUCUGGCUGGGUCUCUGCCACAACCUCCAAAGGUCCUCCAGCCACAAGAUUGCACGUUCAAGAUCUGCCAUACAUGCCGCCCAACCUGCCGUGAACGUGCAUACCAAUCUUUGGAAGAUAUCUUGAACAGACCAGUUCAGAUGCCACCAACCUGGGAGUUGCAAAACCGACGAGUCUCUGACGCUCGCAUCGUUGCUCGAAUCGGUUUGCCAAAACUUGAUCGGUUCCGGUUCUAUGAGCAGAUGGGCCCUGCGGCUCUGCACUCUAGCUGCACGAUUCCUGGUAUCGUCAUCGAUGAUUCGGACGGCGAGGUAGACUACUACGAUCCGGCAACAGAGCAAUAUAUUGCAUAUGUGCCAGGAGCGGACUCCAGACCCUGCGAGAGCCAAGUUAAUAAAAAUGACGGAGGCGAAGGGCACUCCCAAGACAAUCAGCCCGCUGAAAAUCAUUCUAACGAUCAGGUUGACCUACACUCCGUCGACAAGCGUAGCAGCUUCCGCCAAACCAUUCGCAAAGCCCUGACCAGAGCCCGUCGUGACGGCACCACUUCCAUAGACUCGAACACAGAUACCUCCGAUCCCGAAAGCGUAUCUCACAUCCGACCACAACCACCUUCUCGACCUUCUAGCUCCCUGAUCUUUCGACGCUGCCGUUCCCGUGCAUCUACGCUUUCGUUUGUCGAAACCCCCGGUGCUCGAGUCGUGGAUACGAGUCCUUUGCAGGAAUCUGUCAUGCUCAUGGUCGCCACGAAUACACCGCUACCGCAGACACCGAGCAUGAAUGGUUUCGACAUCAAUCAAGGUGUGGAGAGUAGGCUUAUCCAGGACAAGAUGGACGAUCAAGAAAGCUACUUCCCACAGGCGGAUAUCAUUAGCCAGGCAUAA